AUGGGCUCAGCAUUGCAUACCAACGACGCUUCGGCACCUUUCAAGAUACUGGUUGUGGGCGGUUCCUAUGGCGGAUUGGCCGCCGCCCUCAACCUGUCCGAUCUGUGUCUCGGCAAGGCAGCGCAUGCUGCUGCCGGCUACGUUGGCCAAGAUGCCUUCCCAGAGGAGACUGAGCCCAUCCACGCUGAGAUCACGAUUGUUGACGAACGUGAUGGUUUUUACCACCUUAUUGGCUCCCCUCUCGUUUUCGCCAACAAGGUCUACGCGGACAAGGCCUGGGUCCUGUACAAGGACAUCCUCGCGCUACAGACGUCUCCCAACAUCAAGACCAUCCACGGCAGCGUUACCAGCGUCGAAAUGGCUAGCAAGACUGCCACCAUUGCUGCGGCGGCGGCAGCCGGCGGCGCCACCAGUACUGUUAGUUUUGACUUCAUCAUUGUCGCCGCGGGUCUGCGCCGUGCGUUCCCCGUCGUGCCUCAGUCGCCCGACAAAGCCUCGUACCUCGCCGAGGUAAACCCGCACAUUGAAGCCGUGUCAACAGCCCAGGAUGGCGUGCUUGUUGUCGGCGGCGGUGCUGUCGGCAUCGAGAUGGCCGCCGAGCUCAAGUUGGCACAGCCCCACGUCAAAGUCACCCUGGCCCAUUCACGGUCGCGUCUCCUGUCGUCGGAGCCGCUGCCCGAUAACCUGGCCGAAAAGACGCUGGACAUUUUGAAAGAGAACGGUGUGGGGGUAGUGUUGGAGCACCGUCUGCAGGAGACGCGCGAGCUCGACGGAGGUGUCAAGGAGGUCGUCUUCACUAAUGGCCACACUCUACGUGUCAAUGCCGUCGUGUUCGCCAUCUCCAAGAGCCAGCCGUCUACGAGCUUCCUGCCUGCCGCAGCCCUCAACGAGGAAGGCUACAUCAAGAUCCAGCCAAACCUCUUCUUCCCCCCCGAGGUUCCCAACUAUGACUGCGCGUUGGCUGGCGGCGACAUUGUCAAGUGGUCCGGCAUCAAGCGCUGUGGCGGCGCUAUGCACAUGGGCUACUAUAUGGCCCGCAACGCCCACGAGCGCAUGCGGGAGCUGGUCUUUGGCGCCCCUCCCCAGUACCAGACCCUUAAGCCCGUUCCAGCUAUGAUUGCCAUCGCCCUGGGCCACAAUGCCCUCGCUUUCCAGACUGGUGGCGAGCUUCAGUUUGGCAAAGAUGUGGCCGACCGAUACUUUGCCGAGGAUGUUGGUUUCGAGAUUUGCUGGAAAAUCAUGGGUCUCGGCGCCAGGUCGGGGGUAAACGUAUAA